CACCAUGAUAUCUUCACGCGUGCAAGUGAUGUAACUUUUCUGCACACUGUGACCGUCAGCACUUGGAUUCUUAAGUCUCUGCCAGAGCAUCUCGCGUGGCUCCUCCACAUGUGAAGUGCGGUCGAGUGUGUGAGUUUCUGGUGGCACGGGAAAAAGGGUACGUUAUUGACCAGAGAAGAGCCAGUUUGUGGCGAGGAAGCGAAGCGUCUGCUUGCUUGCCAAUUGACGCUGAUCUAGGCGCGCUCGAAGGUAGGGUCUGUGGUUGCGCAAUCUAGGAGUGGAGGGAAGAUGAGCUCGCCGAGGGAGACGAAGGAGGAGGGGGUUAAUUUGCAGCUGGUGGAGGACAGAGACAAGGGUGGUUACAAGAAUUCUGUCCACCACGAGGAUGGCGAGUCCUCGCCGCUGGCAACAGAGGACUACGAUCCGCACAUGCACCGGAAUGUGCCUCACCCCACGACAAACAUCGAGACACUCAUUCACAUUCUCAAGGGAUCACUCGGAACGGGUAUUUUGGCGAUGCCGGAAGCUUUUGCCAACUCCGGAUACGUAUCAGGUUUCAUCAAUACAAUCAUCAUCGGUGCACUGUGCACCUAUUGUCUGCACAUUCUCGUCCGCACGCAAUACAUCAUAUGCAAAAGAAAUCGCUUGCCAAUCCUCACGUUUCCAGCCUCAAUGCAAAUGGCGCUGGAGCAAGGACCAAAAACUCUGCGUCCCUACGCUCGAGCUUCCGCGAUAAUAGUCGAUGUGUUCCUCAUAAUCUACCAGCUGGGAAUUUGCUGUGUGUACAUUGUGUUCGUGGCCACGAAUAUCAAGCAACUCGUGGAUUACUACUGGAUCGAGAUAGACGUGAAGAUUCACAUGCUGAUCCUCCUGAUGCCCCUGAUCGGGCUGAACUGCAUCAGGAACCUGAAGCUCCUGGCGCCAUUCUCCAGCUUCGCCAAUCUGAUCACCUUCGUUGGCAUUGGGCUGAUUCUCACGUACAUCCUGGACGACAUUCCAGGACCGAGCGCCAGAGACGCCUUCGCAGCCGUUGGAAAAUUCCCACUCUUCUUCGGCACAGUUCUCUUCGCCCUGGAAGCUGUGGGUGUUGUCAUUGCCCUUGAGAACAACAUGAAGACACCGAAGAACUUUGGCGGCUACUUCGGUGUGCUGAACAUUGGCAUGUUCUUCAUCACGAUUCUCUAUGCCAUCAUCGGCUUUCUCGGCUAUCUCAAGUUCGGCACAGAUGCCAAAGGGAGCAUCACCCUCAACAUCCCACAAAUGGACGUCACCGCUCAGGCCAUCACGAUUAUCUUCGCCGUGGCAAUCUUCAUCUCAUACGGCCUGCAAUGCUACGUUCCAGUGGAGAUCAUCUGGAAUCAGUACUUGCUGAAGCGCUUCGAGGACUCGCCGAGGAAGCUGAUGUGGGAAUUCGUCACGAGAAUCGUGGUUGUGAUCAUGACAUUCCUGCUGGCUGUGGCCAUUCCCCGUCUCGGACUCUUCAUAUCCCUCUUCGGGGCGCUCUGCUUGUCCGCGCUGGGCAUCGCCUUUCCCGCCAUCAUGGAGAUCUGCGUGCUGUGGCCCGACAAUCUCGGUCCCUGUCGCUUCGUUCUCAUUCGCGACAUUCUCCUGAUCAUCUUCGGCGUGAUCGGCCUCGUCGCCGGCACGUACACGAGCGUCCGCGACAUCAUACUGAGUUUCAUGUAGUUGUCCAGUUUGUGGUACAAAAAGACGCACAAAAAAGCAGGGAAGAUUUCACCACCCAAAAGCAUAAUACUCACAAUGCAUUUACACGCCGCGCGUCUCUCUAAUUCAGCCUGCCUGAGGCCCUAAAUCAGCGAAAAGCCAAUCCGUGAUUGAGACAUUGUCGAUUAUAUUGUUGAAUUGUUAAUUCAUGUAAUUAUAAACAGGAGUCACGCAAGAUUUUAACAAUUUUAAUGUAGUCGAGCCUACAUAGCAGGAACUAAUAAAGAGAUAAUGGUUUUAUGAAGAAAAA